AAAUGGUUGGAUGCCCAAGCGCAUAGCAGAAAAUUUGAUAUGGAACAGCACUGCAAAUCUGAGAGGUGAAGCGGGUUGCAACAUACCUCUUGACCUGAUCAAUGAAUUCUUGAAUAAUGAAUUCAAAACCAACUUGAAAAGAAUCAAGGGUCAGUAUACAGACUUAGCAGUCCAAAGGUGCAGCCUAAUUUCUGGAACCAUUGGAAAAGGGCUGGAAGAGAAGUUCAUGAGUCAGGUGGUAGACAUAUACAUUGGACGAUCAAAGUCUGUCCAUGUGUCACACAAACGGGACUUAAACAAGUUUGUAAAGGUAUACAAAGGAGAAUGCCUUUUUCAGCAUGUGCCUGGACGACACCAUAGUGCUUAUGAACAUUUUGUGCAUCACAUUCCUCUCAAGAGUCCCUCAAAGUUGAAAGACAGACUGGUGAAAUAUGGAGUCAAACUUGACACAGAGAGGCUUCUAUGUAAAUAGAACAAUUGCUGUGCAAUAUGAACUAUUGUAUGAAAACUAUGACAUUGUGAUCUACAUGUAUAGGAGUAUGAUAAAUGAUUGAUAAACAAUUUUUGAUCAUUUGCUGUAUAAAAAAUUCCUCCAAUUUUCAAACUUAACAAUCUAGUCCUUAAACAAACUGUUUUAUUCUUCAAUUUGAUAUUUCAAAAUAUCAGAUAUAAUAGUCUCUAACUGAUUGUAAAAUAACAUGGGCACUGUCUCUUGCAGUUUGAGCAACAUGAGCAAACAGGACAAUUGCAUUGUUCACAUUUUCUGUCAUUAUUGAACAAUUUGGUUGGUGCCUUAAAUAUCUGAGUAAAAGACAAUAAAUCCAAUAUGUA